CCGUUUUAUACUUUUAACCUGGGUGCGCAAAAUCGUUGUACAACAGUAACGGCGUUGCGGGGUUACUGUUACGUUUUAAGCACCAUGGAAUACACUGCAUAUGCUGCUGCACCUGGUAUCGCAAAUAAAAGUUUCCCCACCGAACACAUUUACCUCUUCUAAUAAGCUCGUAGAAAUGCUGUGCUCUGACCCCUUUUUUCAGAUGUAUCGCGUGGUCGAAUUUCAAGAUUCUUCCGUUGCGGUGGUUCUGUCAUCCUGGAUGAUUAAUAGUGAGGAAGUUCUGUGGGGACGGUUAUCAUCAAAACAGUUACAGGAUUUCCUGAUGCACCGUCUGCCACCACCUGCGUCCGCUGUGACGUACAAAGUACGAAUACACAGUUGUACAGAUGAUUACCUUGAGGCUAAAAAUUUGGAACAGAGCUUGCUAACAUCAGCCGAAUUACCAUCUAGCGACGCAACGAUUCCAAUGCUACGAUGGGGGAAGCGAAAAAUGUAUGUUGUAGAUAGAUAGUAUAUUAUCGCAGCACUGUAAAAACCUUUCCCGACUGUGAGUCCCCGCCAAUCGCAACGCGGGGUACUGUUGAAGUCGUGAACUUGGAUUUAUCACCUCCACCACCGAAGCUGUAUUUGGA